GGGCACUACAGUAAGAUUUCAGCUAGAAAAACCAGACACCAAUCUAGAUCACGAGCGCAGUUUGUGUCCACCAGCAGAGGCGUGAGGUCAUUCAGGAUGCAGAAGGGAGUCCGAAGUGACGUCACCCAGGAGCGCCACUGAGGUUUCGCCUGCUGUGCUGCAGUGAGAUGGACGCAACUUGUCAACCCUGAGUCCCGAUGCGAUCUGUUUUUUUAUUCAAUUAAAUUGUAAACAAACAAAAAACAAGGGUGGAAUGAGAUGGGGAGCAAUAGGUGAGGGCUGUCAGCAGGAGGUUCCCAGAGCUGUUUUGCGUGGCCUUACCCCCCCUGCUGACACACACUGCUCCCUCCGCAUCCCAAUGAGAGAGAGGUAAAGAGAGAACCUCCACAAGACACCCCCUUCAGCAAACCCAACAUGAAGCCUGCCCACGAACGCAACCAGGAGAGCCUCCCCCCAAAGAAGCGGGACUUACCACUGAACAGCAGUGGAGGAGGGGACGAGUCGACAUCCACUCGCAGUUCGGGUUCGACGGGGAGCGAUGCCCCUGGCACUAGCAUGGCUGGGGAAUGGAUGCGAGUCCAGACGGGACUGCCGUACAGCGUGGAGAGUUCUGAAAGCAUGGCCGUGCCCAUAGACCAGUACGGCAUGCUCUACAAAGUCGCCCUCCCCUCAGGCACCUACUCUCCAAACAGCCUGCACCAGGUCUUGAACAUGGGCCACCUUUCUCCUGCCUACAGCAUGCCCUCUCCCCUCCUGCAGCACCCAGGAAUCCCCUACCCCCCAAUGGGCUAUGCCCAGAUUCCCCACUCCUCCCUGCAGUUUGUAGGUGCCCCCUAUGCUGUCCCGUACGCUGUGCCUCCUGGCUUUGUUCCCAGCUCCUUAAUCUCGCCCCAGACUGCUAUCCCCCAACAGCAUCAUGUUUCCCAUCUGGUUCCCUACCCUUCAGUUAUCCAGGAGGGAGUCAUUACCCCUCCCCCACAGCCUCAGUCCUCAGCCCACGCUUUCACCAAAAUGGCCACAGCAGCAGGCCUUUCCGUGGUCCUAGCCUCUGAUCAUGCCACACAGCAGCACAUUGGAGCAGUUGCAGGGCUCUCUGCGACUGAAAUCAGCCCCAGAGGAGUGCCAGUCUACUACCACCAUGCCAGCUCUAGGGCUCCCCCUACUGCCGUGGCAGCUCCUGUUUACAGGGACGUUUUGAGCCAUCAUGACCAGGGGUUGGUGGCCACUUCCCAGCUUGAGAGGGGGAAGGUGGUGAACGGAGGCGAGGAGGAGCAAGGGGGCAGAGAGCUGCUGCAGGAAUUGCUGUACUCCGGCAGAAACAUGCAAGUGCUCCACGUAGUGGCCAGUACAGCCGGGGGAGAGGGCUUUGUGGAUGGGCAGCACACCACUCAGCGGCAACCCCCCCACGAGGAGAGGCCGUCCCCCAGCCACAGGAGCACCCCCGACACUGACCUGGAGGUGCAGCAGGUGGUGGGGCGCCUGGAUUCUCCGAAUCAGAACGUCCUGGGAAAUCGUAAAGAAGCUUCUUUCGGCCCCCUGAACCUGUCACAGGGCUCCCAUCGGAGCAGAGAGACCCUGCCUGCAGCCCAGGGUCGAGGUGCUGUCAGAGAGGAGACUGUGUUGCCAGGCAGGACUGCGUUCGUUGGGCAUGCUGCUGUUCAGGGCGACCCAAGAAUACAACAGCAGCAGCAACCACACCACCAGCCACCGCCACAGCACCACGCUGUGAUCCUGGCGAACGGGCAGUCUGUGUUGGUGCCUCUGGAGCAGAACCAGCAAUUCCAGCAGCAGCAACAUCCUGGGCUACAAAACAAUAUAACCACAACCACCACAACAGCGGCAGUCCCAAAGGCCUCCGAACCGCCGGCCCGAACAUGCACCCCAGAGAGGGUGGUGGCAGCAGUGGAUGUUUCAGCCCAGCAGCAGGGGCAGCCAGUAUCGGUCCAGGCGCCUGUCACCCCUCACCCUUCCCACUUCAUGAAGGGAGCCAUCAUCCAGUUAGCCAACGGGGAGCUGAAGCGAGUGGAGGACCUACAGACGCAAGACUUUGUGCGCAGCGCUGAGAUGAGCGGCAGUCUCAAGAUUGAUUCCAGCAUGGUGGUGGACAUCCGCAAGAGCCAGCAGCGGCCUGGUUUGGUGGCCCUCCAGUUCACUGUCGGGGAGCAGCAGAACAAAGUGGCCAUUGAUGUCCCCCCCGAGCACCCCUUCUUUGUUUUCGGCCAGGGCUGGUCAUCCUGCAGUCCCGACCGGACGGUCCAACUGUAUGGGCUGUCCUGCCACCGAUUACAAGCAGGGGAUGUCUGUAUCUCACUCACCUUGCAGCAGCAGCAACAGCAAGCACAAGCAAGGACACCCACAAUUACUGCUAAUGUCAGUAGUGCUGGUGUCUCCCAGCCCAUGGGACCCCCAGCCUCCCAGCAGUUGAGGGCCCCCAGCCAGUUCAGAGCAGACAGGACUCACAGGGAGCGAGAGGAUGAAGAGGAAGCAAUGCAGGUCGGGGUAGCGGGAUCAGGGGAGACAGCACUCCAGACUGUUAGGACUUUUGCGAACCAGCCCAGAGGUCAGACCAAUUAUUAUUUGCACACAGAGAGCCAUCCCCAGGCAGGAGGGGAGCAGUCGUACACAACAAGUGCGGCUCAGCGGCGUUGGUCGGCGCCCGGUUUCCAAAGAUACGGGACCAGGAGCGAGGAAUCAGCCCAGCCUUCCUCCUCAUCCUCGGGCUCCUCCAGGCCUUCCUUCAUCCCUCAGGAGGUCAAGUUGUCCAUCGAGGGGCGCUCCAACGCGGGGAAGUAGCAGCAGCAAGAGAUUGUUGUGAGAGUGAGUGAGAGAGAGAGAGAGAGAGAGAGAGAGAGUGUGGCCUCAGAAUGCUUGAGAAUUUGCACACAAGAAGACAGCCUCCCCCCUUCACUUUUCCCCUCUGACUCCACGAUUCCUUGUUUUAUUCCUUGGGUCAUUCAAAGUCCUGUUUUUUUUUUAUUUAACCAGUUCCUGUUAAACUUUUAGUUUUAUAUGUAUUUAUAAAGGCCAGUAUGGAACAGGCACAUUCAGGAUAUGGGAAGAAUUUCACACUGAUUGAACUAAAGUACAUAAUUUCUGAAAUUAACCGUGGCCUUCUUCAUGAUGCACAUACAAUAAUUCCCACAGACAAUCAAUGUAGCUCCUGGUUGAAACAGAAACACUUGGAUUAUAAUAGUGUUUUCCCCAAUCACUGAAUUUAGGAAACAACUCGCAGUCUUAAGAUCCUUGGGAUCCCAAACCUAUAUGGUGGCUGAGAUAAAAAAAAAAAUAAGGUGGUGAGCAAGAGUUCAGGAAAACUGGUGUGUUUUAAAAGGGUAUGGGUUUUAUACAAUUUUAGUAAUUUUUGGUAUAAUCAAUUCUCUCCACAUCCAUUAUACCCCCUCAUAGAUUUCUGAAACUUCAUUGCCUAUGUAGAUACCUACUGAAAGCAAUAUGACUCGGGAGCCAAUACAGGCUCCUACAAAGCUGGCUUUUUCCCAGACCUACUCCUCUGCAUUGUAUACUGGGUGCAUCUGCUGUAGAAUUUUCAUCUGGGUUCAUUCUCAGUUCAAUUCCAAACCCUCAUCAUAAAGUUUGGGAACUUGCUGAAUUCUCAGCAGGGUUUGUGAAUGGAUAUUGAACUUACCCUCCAGUAUUGUUUAGUUUGUGCAUUGCUGUUUGGUACCAUAGGUCUUAUUCCAUUUGGGUAAGGCUGAGACACUGCAUUUACAAAACUCCAGAUCCCAGACAGGAAGUGGGCGUUGUCGUGUCACAAUUCAUAAAAGUAACACUUCCUCCAUGCCAUGACAACCCAUUUUAGGAAUGCUUGACUGUUGACUGUUGAGUGUGUAAGCAAAGUCUAUGCAUCUUCUGGCCUGCUUUAUGAAUACGGUGAAUAUCAAGCAUGCCUUUUGCUCCCACUGGGUCAUUUCCCUGUAAACCGUCUUGGCGUCUGACUGUGUGGGUUUGUCUGGUUUAAACAUUGAGAGCAAAAAAAGCAGCAAUGACUAUCAGUAGCAAUAGAAGGAAUAAUCUGCCUUGUUUACUAAGCUUUUGAUCCUGUUUUAAAAUGUAUUAUUAUUAUUUGAGGACAAAUCUGGUACAUUGGAACAUAAUCUUAGUAAAUCCAGCCAAAUAUCUUAAAAAUAAUAAAAAAUAUAUAUUUUUAAAAAGGCAUAUAUAAAGUACAUUAUUAUUAUGUAUUUCGUGUUUGUUGCUGUUUUUACCCCUCCACUCCUAUGUGUUUCCACUUCACUAGUAGGAAAAGGCUGAUUUGCCAAAGUGAAGAAUAAACCUUGAUAGUGAUUUGCUCGGUAACCAGUAGGCAGUGUUGUUUUGGAGUAGUCUGUCACUGGUGGCAUUUCAGUAAAACCACGUGUCACAUGUUAGAAGAUAGGGACCCUUGCAAUAGCAUGCAGAGUUUUCAAAACAAAUGAAUAAUGAGAUGGAUCCCCUUGAACUAAUAAUGGCUUUUAUUCAUGUAAGCAGAUGAUUUUAUAAUGAUCCUUUUCUUUUAUUUCGGUUUCUGAAUUUAUAUUCUGAGUUGUUUUAGGUGUGAUCCAUGGUCUGCUGUUUCAUUAAAAGUAGUACCUUUUACUCAAUAGACCAGUUAUUUAUAUUCCAGCAGCCUUCAGAUAAGUUAGCCUCACACAUGCUUGUGGAUAAAUCAAUAAUAGCAGUGAAAUACAAAUCCAAUAAAAAUACAGCAUUUUUUUGUAAUAAAGAUAUAUAAAGAAAAAAGUCUUUAGAUAUUUAUUUCUUGAACUUAACUGAUUUGUAUACUUGAUGCUGUUUACAAAUAAUGUAUUUUUAUGACAUUUUAUGUUAAAGCAGUAAUAAUAAAAAAAAUCAAGUAAAAAGUGCAAUUAGACUGGGGUACUUCCCAACCCUGCCAUUCCAGCGGAAAUUGUCCAGUAUCAGUGGUAAUUAAGAGGCCAUUCAAUGUACCGUGUUUACUCGAAUUUAAGUCGCCCCUGAAUACAGACACCAAAAAAAAAAGACCCUAAAUGCAAGUCGCAUUUAACUCUUAAUGAAACAAAACAUCAAAAUGAACCGUUAAUACUUUUUAAUUUCUCUGUGCCAGCAGGGAACACUAUUGCUGUACAUUAAAGCAUCAGAGUACAUCCCCUACUAUAUUACAAAUGCAAAUGGGAAAAGAAAGUAUGUACAGAACUUUCAGUAUUGAACGACAGUCAUUGCAGUUUAUGGUAGCUGGGAAAGGGCAAAUUACCUUGAACUUUAUUUCAGUCUGCUUUAUUUAUUGUCCUUGUUUGUUUAAUUUGGCCAACAUGACUGUCACGUUCGCAAGCAAAAUUAGUGCAAGACAGAAAUGUGUCGUUCAUUUUAGGUUUGAGUUAGGAUUUUGGAGUUUACACUAGUGGGGUUCCCAUCGUUAAACUAGCCACAGACCAUAAUAACAGUGAGUAAGUUAAAGAAUCAGAGAGCGAUGGAGAAUCCGCCAUUAAGCAGUACAUACCUUAGUGUUCCUCCAGAUAGAGAAAGAAAGAUAUAUAAAUAAAUGAUUGUUCAUUUUGAAGCCGGACCCACACUGAUCAUUUCAACAAGUACUCUACUGGUAAUAUUAUAGUAUUGCAUAGCCUUUCGAUUGCGUCGCCAUCUUCUGACACAUCUCAGAUGCCGCAGUUUCUCUUCAGCAAACAAAAUUAGUUUUCUUUUAAAAGCUGCAUUAAAAAAAAAUGUUCAUGAAGUUCUCUGUGCAGCCAUUUUAAUAUACCGGUACUGUACCGAGAGUAAUAUCUGUAGUGGGCAGUACUGUGUACAGUUGGUCUUGUUCAAGCGCACCAGAAUAAUUGACAUGCACAAAUGUAAAUUGGUACCCUAACUAAAAACCUCGAAUCCAAGUCGCUCCCACCAAAUUUGAACUUUUAUUUUGACCACAAAAGUGCAACUUAAAUUUGAGUAAAUGGUAUUUAUUGUUUUAAUUUCCCUUGUUCCUGAUAGAAGUCUGCUUUUAACUUUUCAUUUUAGCCUAUAUCUAAACCUGCUUUUAUAAAACAUUAGCACAUUACCAUUCUGAACUGCAAUGGUAGGACAGUUUUCUUUCCAGCAGGCAGCAGAAAAAUAUACUAGGGUGUUUGGUUGUAGGAUGUUUGGUCAGUUGGCAGUUGUGUCAUUUUUUAAAAAUCUUAUUUGUAAAGAAUUAUCGACUUGGGCCCUGGAACGUUCAUGAACAAUUUUUGAUAUCCAGAUUACUGUUUUGUAUUUACUGAAUGUGACAGUCUUUGGCAUUCCAGACAUCUGAAUAGAUUGCAGUUAAUGGAAAAUGUGGCACCUAGAAUGUACCAGCUCCAAAGCUACAUGUCAUAGGUCUCAUAAUAGCGCUGCAUUUAUGAAGCUGUCUUAAAUUGUGAUACUGUCUGUUUGAGUUCUGGCCUAUGCUUUCAAGACCAACCAACGAUGGUUACUUGGUAAUUAUAAAACAAAAAAAAAAAAUGACAACUGCUGAGCCAGUUGAUAUUUUGAAUUAGAGCCUAUAGUAACAUUACCUUUUUAUCUAUAUUUUUAUUUGAAAUACAAAUUAUUUAUUCACAGACUAUAAGAAAAGGAAAGAAAAUGUAGCAGAUCUUCCUGUGGAGGUACCAAAAUGUUUUUUUAUCUACCUGUUGUUGUCUUAUGCAUUUCAGAAAGUAGGACAUUGAGGAGUAAUUAUUUUAUUUAAGGUUCAGUAAGUGACACUAUAAAAGUGUAAGAUGGUGGAGGACGUUUGGUUAGGUUUCUUAUUACUUCCAGAAGCACGCCUAAAGUAUUCUGCAUCUGUCCAUGUAUACUUACAGAUAUCAUAUUAUGUUGUGGUUAAUUUGGAGUUACAUUUUUGCAGUCGGUGUACAGUCAUUUAUUCAGUACCCAUGUGACCACUGCAUGCCCAUUAAGAUGCUCGGAUAUAUUGUGAGAAGUGCUGAAUUUAAAUCAAGGGAAGUAAUGUUAAAACUCUACAAUGCAUUAUUAAGACCUCACCUAGAAUAUUGUGUUCAGUUCUGGUCACCUCGUUACAAAAAUGAUAUUGCUGCUCUAGAAAGAGUGCAAAGAAGAGCAACCAGAAUUAUCCCGGCUUUAAAAGGCAUGUCGUAUGCAGACAGGCUAAAAAAAUGUAAUCUAUUCAGUCUUGAACAAAGAAGACUACGCGGCGAUCUGAUUCAAACAUUCAAAAUCCUAAAAGGUAUAGACAAUGUCAACCCAGGGGACUUCUUUGACCUGAAAAAAGAAACAAGGACCAGGGGUCACAAAUGGAGAUUAGAUAAAGGGGCAUUCAGAACAGAAAAUAGGAGGCACUUUUUUACACAGAGAAUUGUGAGGUUAUGGAACCAACUCCCCAGUAAUGUUGUUGAAGCUGACACCCUGGGAUCCUUCAAGAAGCUGCUUGAUGAGAUUCUGGGAUCAAUAAGCUACUAACAACCAAACGAGCAAGAUGGGCUGAAUGGCCUCCUCUCGUUUGUAAACUUUCUUAUGUUCUUAUGUGUUGGGGGCAUCAUUAUCCCCACCCAAUUUAAGUUUUAUAAAUGUACAAAUAUAUUAAACAAGUACCAUGAUUAUUACAUUCCCCAAGAAGUGUUUUAUAAGACGGUUAUUGCAAAUUUCGUGUUUGUUUAUCGCAUCACUACCACAUUGUCUUUGUUACUGCUUGCAUCAUAAAAAAAGUAAAAACAUGUUACUUUCUUAUGUAAUGCCAAAAUUCUUACACGUAGGUACUUUGUUACUGCUUCGGCGAGUUUUAGCGGUGAUUUGUUUUACAUGGAAUUAGGAAACUUAGAAAAUACGGGUUACUUAAUAUAAGUGUGAUUGUUUGUUUAAAAAAACAAAUUUGGUGCUUAAGUUUCAUUCGUGGCUCUCAUCAUCAUCUCCACUGCUGGAAAUCAUUAUUAUUGAGCACACUCCUGCAGCCCUCCCUUCUCUAAGCAGGAUCAGUGAGAAUGGUAAACGAAUAGGGGCUGAAUCGGGUUCGACAUCGCAAUCACAUCCCCCAGAUAAAAAGAAAAAAAUAACAUUUUAAGCUGUGUAUUAAAAUAUUUGCACCACAUUUAUCAAGGUCUUUACACCAAAAUGUGAUGUGUGCCACUUUAAUAAAACUAGUAACAAAGGCACGCCUUUCAGUCCUUAAGUUAUCCCUAUAGGUUGUUUACAACUACGUUUGUUAGAUUAAUGAAGCAAAUUGCAUUUUGUUGUAUAGACCUUGAUUAAUCCUGCCCUAUAUGUUUUGUCCAACUGAUCUAAAUAGAGUCCCUGAUCUGCACUGUGUUCCAGUUCAGCAUGCUUCCAAUGCAUUAUUAACCAUGUAUUAACAAGUUUUCCACUUACAUCUGAAUGAACCUGCUUCUUCUUGUACAGGGGUAAGGUGAGGUUCUUUAUAUCAGUGUGAGCCGUUUCUCAUUUUGCAGAGUGGGAGCUUGUAAUUCAUCGCUCUCCAGUGUGUCAGUUCACUGCUGGUCAGUGCCCGUCCAACGGUUUGAUUGGCUGACCUUCCGAACCACAAAAGGUUUAAACUAACAUAGGGAAGCCAGCAAAUUUGCGUCUUAAUUAUGGCGUCUGUAUCCACAAAGCGACUUUUCAAAAGUUCCAAAUAACAAAACAAACAAUUGUGUCUUGUUUUUUGCUUUGUUUUUAUUGCACGUCUCUACUACAGUCUGUUACUGACAGCUUAAAGGAAUCCGGAGGCUAGUGUGUUCACUGUUUACUUUGGUUUAUUUUUCCACUCACGUGGGAUCUUUGGAAUACAGCGAUUGCUUUGUACCUGUGCAGUUCAUUACCCAGGAGGAGUAAAAAUGAUUUAAGUGCAAUGUGCUUCAUUUCUGUGCUUGCCAUCUUUACUACACCUUCUACCUUAUUUGAACCACAUGUGCAAUUCAUGAAAUUAUGCCAGACAUCCUUGAAAAAAUGGUCUAGAGAAGCUGGUUAGCCAUGUCCAGCUCCUUUGUGGAACAAGCCAUUUGGUUGUUACAUGAGCUGUUUCAGAGGUCCAAAUGCAGCACAAUGCAAUCUGCAGGGGAGGGGAUCGUAACUGCACUUUUAAUAAACGUCCCACGUUACUUUGUUUUACCAUGUUUUUUAAUUUUUAUAAAAGAGCAUGAAAGGGAAAUUGGUUGCACUUAAAAUGACAAAAUUGUAGUAUUAAAAACAAACUGUUGGUUAAAUGAGUUUUAUACUGCAUGUUAACACAUUAUAUCAGGCCUAUCAAAUAAUACUAACGUCUUAGGAACAGCCAAGUAAGUUGAAUAUGUGGCUUAAAAUUACACAGAGAAAUGCAAGAAACAUUUUUGCUUAAAACAAUUAUUCAUUUAACACAGAACUGUAUUGUUUUUGUACUACGGUGGUAGCAUUUUGUACACUAGACAGGCUGAUCCUAUAUACAGGGAAGAGAUGCCUACUUGGGUCCCAGAGGAACUGUACUACUUUGUUUCCAUUAGGUAAAACAUGCUUUACCAGUAGUGGUGUGUUUCCAUUUAAAUUGCUGGCGCAGCUUUUGUUUCCACUCGGAAAAGGGCCAUUUCAGGUAAAGAGCUCUGAAAGUAAAAAUUGUAUACUUCAGGUGUAAAAAACAAGGAGCAACAGUUUGGAGGAAAAUAACUAUUUAGUGAAAAGCAAAAGUAUCAACAUGAUCAUCUCUGCAUGUUUGCUUGGUUAAUUGCAUGAACAUACUUGUCUCAAUAUCCAUAGUCUGUUUUGUGUUAAUAGUAUCUUCAGGUGAGCUGCAGAGGUGUUGUUCUAUUGGAUACCUGUUUUCUAGCCAUUAGAUUGUGAGACAGAUAUGAUAAAGUUUAGAAGGCCAGAAAAGAAGGAAAUCCUUAUAUUUUGUUUUGUUUGUGUAUUUAAUAAAGCCUUCCAGGAUGAGAAACUCCUUUUAUGUAAAAAAAAAAAAAAAAAAAAAAAAAAAAAAAAAAUUGUAAAUUAUACAACCACUGCCAGCACUUGGAGAAAUCCGUGUCUGACAUUAUACACACUUGUAUAAAAAAUGUAAUGAGUCUUAAAAAUAUUAUUCUGUGGGAGGUAAAAGAAAUGAGUAGUUUAAUAUUCAUGGCUACGCUGAGACAGUGGAAACACAAACCUCCAUAGAAGUACAAUGUCAACUGGUAUCCGUAAAUCAUGCUUUUAAAGUGUGCCGAAGGAAGCAAAGCAUUAUAGUUCACUCUAAUGGGAACAAGGCGAUAGUGACAGAAAGAAAAUGGGGUGACAGGGCAGCUAAGGGUGGAAAAUUACUGCAGUUAAGAUUGUAUGAGUGAGUGAGUAUGGAUGGAGAAUGAGGCAGUUUUAAACUAAUCUAUAUAUAUGUCGUUUUAAAUAAGAUAUAUUUGUACUCUUGGCAGUAUCUGACAAAGCUUUAAGGUGUCGCUGUGACAAAAUAAACCAUCCUUUGUUUAAAAAAAAAAAUACUGCAAAAGUUAUGCAAUGAUGUCUAUGUAAUAUUGAAUCCUCAAGUAUAAUCCAGGUUGUAUAAACUUGUAUAGUGAGUUUUAAUAUGGCCGUACUGAUAAUGUAUUAAUUCUUUAUCUGAAGCCUUAGAUUUGUCUACCCAAGUGCUCCCUUUUCCGAACUCUUAGAAUAACUCUACACCUACCUGAAUUUUCGAAAGCAUUAAUAACUAUAUUGUCACGUUUUUUAAUUAUUAUUUGUACCUGUUUUGAAUAAAAUAAUUAGAUUUGUACUGUAUAUUGGUAUCUUUUUGUGAACUACUUUGCUGUUUUUUGCUGUUUUAAUUCUCUGUACUUAACAACACAAAGAUAUUGUAUUUUUAUUGUUACAGCUAACUUCUUAUGGAACAUUGCAUUUAUCAUGUUGGUUAAGUAAACACAGUAUAAAAUA